AUGUGGAUUUUUGAUUGGUUCCAAGACGUAUUAGCCUCAUUAGGUUUAUGGAACAAGCAUGCAAAAUUGCUAUUCCUAGGUUUAGAUAACGCUGGUAAAACAACAUUAUUGCAUAUGUUAAAGAAUGACAGAUUAGCCACUUUACAACCAACUUUACAUCCUACAUCUGAAGAGUUGGCUAUUGGUUCAGUUAGAUUUACCACAUUCGAUUUGGGUGGCCAUCAACAGGCUCGUAGAUUGUGGAAGGAUUAUUUCCCUGAAGUUAAUGGAAUCGUGUUUUUGGUUGAUGCAGCCGAUCCAGAUAGAUUGGCCGAGUCAAAGGCUGAGUUGGAAUCGUUGUUUAGAAUUGAGGAGUUGAGCCAAGUCCCAUUCGUUAUUUUGGGUAACAAGAUUGAUGUUCCAACUGCUUGCGGUGAAAUGGAAUUGAAGAAUGCAUUGGGAUUGUACAACACUACCGGUAAGGACACAGGUAAGUUGCCUGAGGGAACUAGACCAAUUGAGGUGUUUAUGGUAUCUGUUGUGAUGAGAUCGGGAUACGGUGAGGCAUUCAAGUGGUUGUCCCAAUAUAUCUAG